AGCCCGGAGGGAGCCGGCGACGAGGGGACCAUGUACCGGGACCCGGAGGCGGCCAGCCCAGGGGCGCCCACCCGCGAUGUCCUGCUGGUCUCUGCCAUCAUCACCGUCAGCCUUAGCGUCACUGUCGUCCUCUGCGGCCUCUGCCACUGGUGUCAGCGCAAACUGGGCAAACGCUACAAGAACUCCUUGGAGACGGUGGGCACGCCAGACUCAGGGCGUGGGCGCAGUGAGAAGAAGGCCAUCAAUGAUCUAGACAGAGACUUUUGGAAUAACAAUGAGAGCACAGUGCAGCAGAAAUGGAGCUCCUACCCUCCCAAGGAGUUUAUUCUAAACAUUUCACCCUACGCCCCUUAUGGCGACCCACGACUGUCCCUCAAUGGCACCCUCCUGGCUGGCGCCAAAGUGGCCGCCGCUGCGGGGCUGGCAGUGGAGCGGGAAGGCCGGCUGGGGGAGAAGCCGGCGCCGGUGCCGCCACCAGGAGAGGACGCCUUGAGAAGCGGCGGCGCUGCCCCCAGCGAGCCGGGCGGCGGUGGCAAGGCGGGGAGAGGCCGCUGGCGGAUGGUGCAGAGCCACCUGGCCGCCGGGAAGCUCAACUUGUCCAAUUUCGAGGACUCCACCCUGUCCACGACCACUACCCUUGAGUCUAUCCCCAGCUCCACGGGAGAGCCGAAAUGCCAGCGACCCUGCACUCUGAUGCGGCAGCAGAGCCUGCAGCAGCCGCUGAGCCAGCACCAGCGGGGCCAGCAGACCAGCCAGCCCACCACCAGCCAGAGCCUGGGCCAGCUGCAGGCCCACGCGGCCUCGGUGCCGGGCCCCAACUCUCGGGCCUACGGCCGGGGCCAGGCUCGGCAGGGCUCCUCGGCCGGCUCCAAGUACCGGCCGGCCGGCGGCCGCAGCCGCUCCAACCCAGGCAGCUGGGACCACGUGGUGGGGCAGAUUCGAAACCGAGGCUUGGACAUGAAAUCUUUCCUGGAAGGCCGGAUGGUGGUGCUAUCCUUGGUCUUAGGGCUUUCGGAACAGGAUGACUUUGCCAAUAUCCCUGACCUGCAAAACCCAGGAACCCAGCAGAACCAGAACGCUCAGGGUGACAAGAGGUUGCCUACCGGAGGGAAGGCAGUGAACACAGCCCCAGUGCCGGGCCAGACGCCCCACGAUGAGUCUGACCACCGGACCGAGCCUCACUCCUCCGUCUCAGAUCUCGUCAACUCCCUCACCAGUGAGAUGCUCAUGCUCUCCCCAGGCUCUGAGGAGGACGAGGUCCACGAGGGCUGCAGCCGAGAGAACCUGGGCCGGAUCCAGUUCAGUGUCGGCUACAACUUCCAGGAGUCCACGCUCACCGUGAAGAUCAUGAAGGCCCAGGAGCUGCCAGCCAAGGACUUCAGCGGCACCAGCGACCCCUUCGUCAAGAUCUACCUGCUGCCAGACAAGAAGCACAAGCUGGAGACCAAGGUGAAGCGGAAGAACCUGAACCCCCACUGGAACGAGACCUUCCUCUUUGAAGGUUUCCCCUACGAGAAGGUGGUGCAGAGGGUCCUCUACCUCCAGGUCCUGGACUACGACCGCUUCAGCCGCAAUGACCCCAUCGGGGAGGUGUCCCUCCCCCUCAACAAGGUGGACCUGACCCAGAUGCAGACCUUCUGGAAGGAUCUGAAGCCAUGCAGCGAUGGGAGUGGGAGCCGAGGGGAGCUGCUCCUGUCUCUCUGCUACAACCCCUCUGCCAACUCCAUCAUCGUGAACAUCAUCAAAGCCCGGAACCUCAAAGCCAUGGACAUCGGGGGCACGUCAGACCCUUACGUGAAGGUGUGGCUAAUGUACAAGGACAAGCGGGUGGAGAAGAAGAAGACGGUGACGAUGAAGAGGAACCUGAACCCCAUCUUCAACGAGUCCUUUGCCUUCGACAUCCCUACGGAGAAGCUGAGGGAGACGACCAUCAUCAUCACCGUCAUGGACAAGGACAAGCUCAGCCGCAACGAUGUCAUUGGCAAGAUCUACCUGUCCUGGAAGAGUGGGCCCGGGGAGGUGAAGCACUGGAAGGACAUGAUCGCCCGUCCCCGGCAGCCUGUGGCUCAGUGGCACCAGCUGAAGGCCUGAAUGGGGCCAAGGGAGGCCCAGGGGGCCAAGGGCCUGGGUCCCCAUCAUGCCCUCACCACUUUAUGCACAAUGCCUGGCCUGGCCCCCUUGCCAUGGGUAUCCUUCCUUGUGACCAUCUCCCCACGUAACUGCUGUACAAAUUCCACCUGCUCCAGGACCCCGCACCUGCCCACCGGCGCCAGAUGCCAGGGAAGGGACAAGGAGAACAGCCACAAAAAAAGCCAAGGGAAGCCCCCAGCAUCCUCAGCCCCUCUGGGGUCCCAGGGGUGGGGCUUGGUGGUCGCUGUUUGUAUUGUGUUUGAGUCCUUGAGUGCAAGCGUUUUAUAAAAACAACAACAACAACAAAAACCCACCAUCACAAAAAAAUUUGCAGCGAAGAGAAAUGAAGGAAAGCUGAAGAAAAAAAAAGGAAAAAAAGAAUCAUACAAAAUUUUUCCACCACACGCACCCUCUAAGCCAGCAAGAUUUCCUCUUUGCAAAAUCAUAUUUUUGUGGGACUGGGCCCUGCUUUUUGUGGCAAGGCCUGUUCUGAUUAA